CCAGAAAUAUCGAAGCCUAUCCAUAUACUUCCACCUUCCUGUCCUUCCUGCUCGGUGGGUUAAUGGCAUUGAGCAGCUGUUCCUGUUCGCUGCCGUUGUCGCCACUGCCGCCGGGGACUUUUGAUCCCUGUAGCCUCGCGAAUACUAGAAGUGAAGUGUCAUUCGUCACCAGAAACAAUGUUGAUGAAUCCGGGAACACCAGCAAAAGAAGCAGCUCGAUCGGGCCGAAGCCGAACUUGUUGAGCACCACUACCGGAAGAAGAGAAGCUAUUGGGAUGAUGGGGUUAGGCCUUGUGGAGCUCAUUGCCUGGCAAUUCCCGUGGCAACCCCGGAUUGCAGAAGCAGCAGAGACGGCGCCGUGCGAGCUGACGGUGGCGCCUUCGGGGCUCGCCUAUUGCGACAAAGUGGUGGGCACCGGUCCUGAGGCUGUCAAAGGACAGUUCAUUAAGGCGCAUUAUGUGGGGAAAUUGGAGAACGGGAAGGUGUUCGACAGCAGCUACAGUCGCGGCAAGCCUCUCACUUUCAAAGUCGGGGUCGGCGAGGUGAUCAAAGGGUGGGAUGAAGGCAUUUUAGGUGGGGAGGGAGUGCCACCCAUGCUUGCUGGCGGAAAACGGAUCUUAAAGCUACCUCCGGAGCUCGGCUAUGGCAUGAGAGGAACUGGUUGCAGAGGAGGAUCAUGUAUCAUUCCUCCCGACUCUGUGCUCUUGUUUGACGUCGAGUUUGUCGGCAAAGGUUGACGAGGUGAAUGCAUCGCCGGCAAAUAUCACAAACACAGAGGGGUGUUGGAGAUUUUUCUUGACAUGUAAAUCGGGAUCUUGAGUGAUGCCGUGCCGGUUUCUGUAAAGGCUCUUCUAGCGUCUUGUUUCACUUCAUGGUCAUGUAUAUCUGAACUCGUCAUGUUUUACAUCUGCAGACUCAUAAACAUAAGUAAUUGAAAUUGACAGAAA